GGACAUCCGCUCCGUAACACCGAGAGUUGCAGGAAGCCGCAGUCCGACUCGGCCGCCGUCUCGAGCUGCGUGUCGCGGGUCGGCCUGAAAGCGGGGGGGGGUCUGCAGCACGAAUAAUAGUUAUAAUUGAGGUGGUAGCACGAGUAGUCAUAAGGAUAAACUCCCGGAGGAGGCCGAGGUGUGACGAGCGGGCUCACUGGGGCUCACAGGCAGGCGGAGACAAGAGAAGAUGCCGCACAACUUCCAGCCCGGCGACCUGGUGUUCGCCAAGAUGAAGGGGUACCCGCACUGGCCGGCCCGGAUUGAGGACGUCGCUGAAGGGGCUGUGAAACCUCCUCCCAGUAAAAUCCCCAUCUUCUUCUUCGGGACCCACGAGACCGCCUUCCUCGCACCAAAGGACCUGUUCGCCUAUGAGAAAUACCGGGACCGCUACGGGAAGCCCAAUAAGAGGAAGGGCUUCAACGAGGGGCUGUGGGAGAUCGAGAACAAUCCGCACGCAUCCUACAGCAUCCCAGCUCCGGCCAGCUCCUCUGACAGCGAGGCAGAGGCCAACGAGGCAGGAAGUGAUGCAGAUGAGGAAGCGGUGGUGCCCAGGAAAGCAGAAACCGGGAGCGAGGAUGAGUUUGACUCGGGCAGCGAGGACCGAGGCAGAGGGGCAGGGGGUGGAGGAGGCGGGGUGAAGAGGAAAGCCCCGGCUCCAAAGCGCCCCCCCUUCAAGCGAGCGCGAGGCUCGUCCAGUGAGGUCGAGGGAGGUAAGGAGGAGGAAGAGGAGGAGAGUGGCUCUCUAUCGGAACCAGAACCAUCCCCCACUUCAGACUCGGACUUCGGCAAGGACAGCGACCAGGAUUUCACUCCAGAGAAGAAGAGUGGGGCCAAAGGUGGCAGGAGAGGAGGAGCAAGGAGAGGAAGGAGGAAGAAGCCGGCAUCUGACUCUGACUCUGCGUCCGGGUUUGAGGAGGGUGGGGGUCGCGGUGAGCCGGACGAGAAGCCUCGGCCGGCGCUGUCUGGGUCCGAGUCGGGCUCCGGCUUCAAAUCCAAAUCCGAUUCAGAAUCAGACCCACCACCACGGAAGGCCCCCCAAGCACGAAAGAAGGUAGAGAAGCCCCCAGCUAAGCCUCGUGGGCGCAAGCCCAAACCUGCUCCUGUCCGAGCCCCCAGCACCUCCUCCGAUAGUGACAGCAGUGACAGCGAGCCGGACCGCAUCAGCGAGUGGAAGCGCCGUGACGAUGAGCGCCGACGGGAGCUGGAGGAACGCCGGAAACGAGAGGAGGCGGAGGAGCUACGGCGGCUGCGCGAGAGGGAGCGUGAGGAAGAGGAAAAGCGCAGGAAAGAGAAGGAGAAGGGAGGUCACAGGAGGAGCAGGAGCAGCAGCAGCAGUAGUAGCAGCAGCUCGGAUGAGGGUCCUGACGACCACCCCCUAAAGAAGACCAAGAGGCCGCCUCCCGCACCCAUCCCUGCCCCUUCAGACUCAGACUCUCCAUCCCCAGCUGAGGUGAAAAAACCCCCCAAGCGUGCAGACAGCCAAAAGAAGACAAAGUCAAAGAAAGAGAAGGAUGGAAGAGAGAAGAAGGAGAAGAAGGUCCACCGUCCAGAAGAGAAGUCCCUCAGCAGGCUCUCCAAGCCUGAAAAGCCCAAACGCAAGCCAGAGCGCCCCCUGGAGAAGAAAGUAGAGAAGAAAAAGGAACCAAGCCCAGAGGAGAAGUUACAGAAGCUCCAUAUGGACAUCAAGUUUGCACUGAAGGUUGACAGUCCGGACAUUGAGCGCUGCUUACAGGCCCUGGAGGACCUGGGUACCAUACCGGUCACCAGCCACAUCUUGCAGAAGAACACCGACCUCAUCACAACGCUCAAGAAGAUCCGUCGGUAUAAAGCCAGCACAGCGGUCAUGGAAAAAGCGAGCCAAGUAUACAACAAGCUCAAGAUGCAGAUCCUGGGCAAAGUGGAGGCAGUGCAGAAGUCACCAGCAGACGGCAAGAGCCAGGACAACAGCGGAAAGGAGAAUCAAAACACAGAAACAACACCUGUGAAUGGGGAGUCGAACCCCCAGAAGGAAGCAGACAGCGAGCAGACACAGAGCCCCAAGUCAGCGGACCAUGAAAAUGACCACACCCACACACCCCUGCCUCCUGCCAGUCCAAAGAGCCCAUUGGAACCACAGCGGCCUGCUGCUGAAUCUGACUGCACUGAUGCCACGGAGACAGAAACGGCAGCUGUGGAGAGCUGAGGAGGCUUCGGGGGGUGGGAGCGGAGCGGGGGGGGGUGGAUGGGGGUGGACGUGUUCAACACGGAGGGCGAGAACAAGUGCAGGACCGAAGGAACCCGGUGGGGGGUUUCUUCUGUCGUAAUCCUUUUACCUAUUGUGCUUAUCUGUCAUUGACUUUUAUACAACGAACACCCACCACUUGUCAGUGUGUCCUUGUCCUACGGUGGUGCGCGAGCUGAGUAAGGGUGUGUGUAGAGGAGGAGGCGUUGUGUGCUGCCCACAUGGAGCUGCACAGCCCCUGGUCUCAUCGUAACGUCCAGCUGUGAUGUAAGAACUGGCCGGUGCUGCUCCGCACGUCGGUGGAGCGGUCGACCCCCAGCGCCAGGAGCCGGCGGAGGACGGUGUGACUGGACGGUCAGAAGAGAGGAGUGAUUCGUUAACCUUUUGGUUUUCAAAUCUGCCAUUUUAAAAUCUUUUUAAAAAUCCAGUCUCAUUCUAAAGCAUGUGUGUUAGUGGGAGUUCUUUUUUUAUAUAAAUUUGUCCUGGAACAACAUGCACCCGCCAUCUCUUUAAGGCUUUUGCAUAAUAACCGCAUCUUACUUUUGAGAUUGUGCAGGAUGAUACACAAGUAAUGUACUCACUGUGUGGUCUGGUCUUCACCCUCUGCUCUUACCCAUGUACUCAUUUAGUAGGGAAAGGUACUUAUUUUGUGUACAGAUGAGCAUAACGGGGAUUAUGAAAAUGAUCGUUCAGUUAGUGUCUGAGUAUCUCUUAGGCCGUUGUGACAUUCAGUUGGAGCCUGUUUGAAAUGGGCGCAACACCACACUAUGAAACUGAGUGUUUUAAGUGCAAUGUAAAGCACAAUGGAGAUUUUUAAAGUAACAGAUGCUAGUUGAAUAAAAAUGUCAA